ACCGUAUACGCGGUAUCUCUCACUGCUCAGGUCCGUCAGAAUGGUUCCGCUGCGCACAGAUUAAAGAGAGCAUGGCUCACGCCCAUGGCGGCUGUGCUUGUCAUGUUUCGCUUCCCCGUCAUCGCUUCCACUCAACCCAGCCGCCACCACCGGAGAUCUAUCCGAGGGCGGUUCUUUCUAAUGUGCCUUCUCGGGAGGACGAAGACUGCUCAGCUUCAGACUCCGACUCUCCAAUCCAUGCAAGCUCAUCAGCUUCACCACCUGGUACCCUCAAUGGCCGCCGGCAAACCACUGAUGUCACUUUAGGGCCUCAGAUCUCUGCAGCCGACAAGGCGUUUCUGACCAUCAUUCCAGCGGGGCUGGAGGAGGCGUGCUUCCAGGUUCCCGCGCCUAGUUUGGGAGCUUCAGUCACUGAGAGAAUGAGAGCUGUGUUGUGCUCUUCAAUUAGUGCGCCCCUGUAUUGCACUCCGGCGAGGAAUGGGGGCACCGUUUAUUGGAUUGCGCACACACUCUCACCCAUUAAUGAGCGGGCCGUCCGCGCAACAGGUGUGUCCGGCAUUUCUGGAGACGCCGUUCUCGUAGAGAGCGCUGAGUACGGCCCCCUGCAGCUUGCUCGCUUCUUACCGGGGUCUUCAGCAGGGGGUAAAACGACCCCCCCGCCAGAAACAGCCAGCCUUGCCGGUAGUUGUGUGCACAAAAGGGCAACGGGCAACCGGGAGGAGUUGCCAGAGAGCGAUACCUGCGAACAUGUCGAGUGUUCGCACAAGAGGGGGCUGUCUGAGCACUCUGGAUCCACCCCCGUUUUGGAGAGCAGUUGUGAGGAAACCCCAGGUAGCAAAGCGCAUUCACAUCCAGGGAAGAGGCUUAGGGGCAGCCAGUGUGAGCGGGACGCUUCAGUCGAGCUUCAGCAGCGGCAGGCUCGAGAUUCUCUGGUUCAUGGCACAGCAAGCGCUUGCGAGUUGGAUUCUUUGGUCGAGGUGGGGUCGGUUCUGAGUGCACCCAGCAACAGCAGCGGAGUUGCACGGGUGUCUCUCAAUCUGUCAACUGAAACUGUACAUAGCAUCGAGUCAAAUGACUCAGACCAUUGCUCGCACCUGUCAGUGGCACCCUCCAGUAUCUGCCGCUCAGCAGGGGCCCAUUCACACCAUCCUGACAGCACCUAUUCACACCAUUCAGAAGGUGCCAGCGCAAUCCACACCAGCACUGAGCAUUUGCACCAGGCUCGCAGCGACAUAGAGCAUUUGUCACCUGCACACAAUUCACGCUGCGAGAUUAGCAGCGGGGUUGCGAAGCCGAGUUGCGAAGUUGGAGUUGAGAAUGAGGGAAGAGCAUUCUCUCAGGGCCGGUCAAUGGACUCCCUCUCGAUAGGCGAGUUGCAAAUGGUGUUCUCGUUCCUGGGCUUCUCGGACCUGAGCACGGCGUCAGCGGUCUGCAAGCUGUGGAGGAUGAGCAUUGCUGAGGAUGAGCCCCUUCUCAAGUCCCUCGUCAUCCGGCGGCGCAUGUUCCAGCCGGCAAUCGCCCCCCCGGCCCCGCGCCGCACCAAAUUCCUCUGCGGGACUCACCCGCUUCCGUUUGUGCUCAUACGGGCGGCGGAAGCGGGGAACGUCCCGGCUAUGGUGCUAGUUGCAGAGGAGAUGGAGCGGCAGGGCCAGCGGCCGAAGGCGCUCGACUGGUGGAAAAAGGCGGCCAGAAAGGGCGACCAGGGAAGCCAGUACCGUAUUGGCGAGGCGUACUACCGAGGGGACAGCGAAUGGCCGCAAGACGGCGAAGAGGCGCUCAUCUGGCUGAACCGGGCGGCUAAGUUUGCGCACGGGGAUGCGGGCCUGAGUGCGGCUGCUGGGCUCUUGUUGGGGUACAUGCAUCUCGACGGGGAGGGAAUUGCGGCACCUAACAACACCGAAGCCGUUCGAUGGUUCCGAUUUGCUGCGGAGCUUGGCAACAGGGAGGCCGAGAAGACGCUGGGCUGGUUAUGGAACACGGGUCAGUUCUGAAACCAGACGCCAAACAAUAAUCACCCACCCACGUGAAAAUAUUGAAAUGAGAGUAGUAAGGCAUUCAUAAGCUUCCGUUAGCUUCGUUACUUGACAUGCAUCAGCACAUGUGUCGCACGUACUUCCCGGGGUUGGAAGUAGGCGGCGAUGCAGAAACUCCGACGAAAGACAUCGUAGAAAACUUGAUCCAUUUGCUAUUGUACUAAUUCAAUUGUCAAACAAGGUUGAGAGACCCCAUCAAAGCAGCGCUUGCGUGCAUGCUUCGCAAGUGGCAAACAACUAGGUUGCC